AUGGAACAACGGCGAGAUUCUAUCGCUUCAGACGAUACUUUUGUUGAUCUUCAACAAUUAGAUCCUUCACCUAUAGAUUCCCCACUUGACUGGGAUGAAAAGCUACCCGAAUUGCCUUCAUAUACCUCGUUUGGAAGAUCCUCGACAUUAGGACUUAGUGGUUCCGGUCAUGGAGCUGUAUAUUAUCUCACACGUAUACAACGUUACUCGUCGUAUGCCUUUUCAGUCUUUGGUGCUUUGCAUAUCACGAAUACCUCCAUAAUACCCCUUAUUACCCGCUCGGUACCUGCUUCUGAAAAGUACUUAUUACUGACUCGCCCAUACUAUCAAUCAUUUCCUCUCGAGCCAUUACUCGUUGGUCUCCCUCUCGCUGCUCAUAUAACUUCUGGCUUCGCGUUACGUCUUUAUCGCCGCCGUGUAGCUGAAAAACGCUACUCCUCCCAUCAACCGACCAGUUCUCUUUCAUACUUUUCCUUCUUAUCACCGAAGUUCUGGCCUUCAAUCUCGUUCACCUCUAUUUCAGGCUAUGUUCUUGCUCCUCUUGUAGCUUCUCAUAUGCUCGUUAACCGAGUCAUUCCUUUGAUACAUGAAGGAGGAUCAUCUGGUGUUGGGUUGGGAUACGUUGCGCAUGGCUUUGUUAAACAUCCUGUAAUUUCUUGGACGACUUAUGUAGCUUUAGUAGGAUUUGGGGCGGGUCACAUGGUUUGGGGCACAGCAAAGUGGUUAGGGUUGCUACCUAGAGGAACCGAGAGGGAAAGAAGAAGGAGGUGGUGGAGUCUCAAUGGUAUUGUUGGUCUUGUGAGCCUUGUCUGGUAUGCCGGUGGAUUGGGGGUCAUUGCACGAGGGGGUGCGGAAACUGGUUGGGUCGGUUCUGGAUACGACGCUCUUUAUCAAAAAGUUCCACUACUGGGAUAG